GCGCAGCGCAUUUCCCUUGCUUGCUUGGGUCUCCGCCUCCCCAUCCUCCUCCUCGAUCUCUCCUCCCCGCCCCCGCCCCGCGCCGACUACCAACCGCAUGCGCCAUGCAGCCCGGGCCCACCUCGCCGGACAAUCCCCCGUCGCCCGCGCCCGCGCCGCCGCCGGACCCCGCGCCCGGCGCUGACGACGCCGCGGUCGAGCCGGACCCCCCCGCGGUGCCGGCGCCGGCGGCGGCACCAGCAGAGGAGGAGGAGGAGGACAAGGGGAGGAGGGGCGCCAGGGGGAGGAAGAGGCGGCGCCGCGGCGGGCCCGCCGCGUUCUCCUCCUCCUCCCCCGCCGCGACGGCGCCCGCGCCCGCGGGGCCGCGGGGCCUCGUCAUGGUCAAGCGGGACCUGCUCGCGCGCUGCAUGACGUGCCCGCUCUGCCGCCGCCUCCUCCGCGACGCCACCACCAUCUCCGAGUGCCUCCACACAUUUUGCAGAAAGUGCAUAUACCAGAAGUUCAGUGAUGAGGAAGUAGAAUGCUGCCCAGUAUGUAAAAUUGAUCUUGGCUGCACUCCUACUGAGAAGCUUAGAGCUGACCAUAGUUUACAAGAUGUAAGAUCAAAACUUUUUCCAUUCAAAAGAAAGAAGAUUAAGGCAGAAGAAGUUGCAUCUCCUAUUUCACUUCCCACUAAAAGGAAAGAGAGGUCUAUCUCUUCACUAGUUGUCAAUACACCUAAAGUAAAAUCAACAGGCUUGACUGGACGGCGAACAAGAGCAGUUGCCAGGAAAGCUUCUGCAGCUGCUGCUUCUGCCUUGCAUGGCCUUGGUCCAAUUACUGAAGAUCCUGUGAAAAAGGAAUUUGACAGUUGUGACAGUCAUUCUCACAGUUCAAGUUUGCCCGCUAAUUCAAACAAAGCACUGCAAACAAGAAGACAGAUACCAUCAAAUGCGGAGGCAUCUAACCAAUCCUCCAAUAAAGAUACCGAGAGUGAUAGUAAGGAGUUGGCAGACAAGGCUGAGCUUUGGCAGCCUUUAAAUUGUUUAGUUGAAGCUGCGAACAGGACAAAGUCCUUUAGGUCAAGUUCACAGAAUCCAGUUGUUAAGGGAGAUCAACUCAAUGGCUCUCCCAGUAGCACAUAUGCUAGCAAAACAAAAGCAAGGGAGAAUCUGCAGAAGUCCAAAAUUGAGGAUGACAAGAAAGAUGUUCCCGUGACACCUGUGCUGCCAAAAAGGAGAGGUCAGGGUCCUACUCGGAGGAGGAGGAGGAGAGAGGUUCAAGCUCCAGCGGAUGCAAAGCCUGACGCUGCAGCUGCACAGAAUGAGAAGAAGUUCAGUUCCAUAUGGUUUUCAUUGAUUGCCUCGUUCGACCAGCAAGGAGAUCCACCUUUACCACAGAUACCUUCCCACUACUUGCGAAUAAAAGAUGGAAAUGUACCCACUUCAUCUAUCCAAAAGUACCUUGUGCAGAAGCUCAGCCUUCCAAGUGAGUCUGAGGUGGAAAUAAAGUGUUGCGAGCAGAUAGUGAACCCUGCGCAACCUCUUCGGAAUUUAGUUGAGCUGUGGCUGAAGGGAAGAGCAACACAGACAACUCAGACCAUGACCAGCUCCUCCGCAAAAGAGUUUGUAAUGGUGCUGACAUAUGGGCGGCCAAUGGCUCCUGCAUUGUGAAGGCACCGUGCAAAAAUUCAACCGCCACCCCCCCCCCCCCCCAAUAUGAAGCCAUUUGUUGGCCCCUUCCAAUAGGUCAUUAAAGAUAAGUCUCCCUGACAGCCUUACAAUAUGCAGUGGCUGGCUGGCUCAGAGAGCCAGCCCUUGGUGUCACAUUCAUGUAUUCUUUGAUGUUAUAGUAUAUGUUGUUCGAUUCCUUUAGGAUGUCUUUUUCUUAUUUAUUAUACAUCGAUAGUGGUAUAGAUAGAAAGUUGUGAUUGAUACUUGUAGGUAUCAUUGAUGUUUUGGUUGGACAUAAAUUAUAUAGAGAGAGAAACUUGUAGCCUUUGCUUGUAAGAGAUGACUAGAGUUGAUUGCAAAGUUCCUUUCAGCUGUACCGUGAAUUAUUGUAACACAAAAUUGUAACCCCCUAGAUUCAUUUUAAAACUUGUCGAUGGUCUAUUGUUCGGAUCAAUGCAUACAUCAUUUUCUUUGUUUC